GGCGACUCGAACGCGGCCGCCCGCGCCGGGCUCUCCCGGAUCCAACCAAUCAGAAAGGGAGCGCCUCGGCGAGUGAGCCAGUCAGAAGCGACGGCCGCCCGCCCUCGAGGCCGGGAGCGUCGCCGCGCCGCGCGGCCAGCAUUACUUCCGCUGACACUCCUAAAUUUCAUGUGGAGGAAGAUCUGGUUCCCGGUAGAAAACGGAAGGGGGACAAAACGGAAGGAAAAUGAACGAGCUGCAGGCUUUGCUCAACGACUGCCUUGUCAGAACGAAGCACGUGGAAAACGCCGCCCUCAUCAACAUAGAUGAAAGAAAAGUCUGUGCGUCAACCUUUGGCUUUAAUGUGCCCGAAGAGAAUGCUUUAAACCUUAUCUGUGCUUUCUACAAGAACUUAGUGCAAGUGAGGAGGGAAGGGCUCUACUUCAAGGAGAAGUACUACAAAUGCGUCCGAGCAGAUGAGCAUUCCAUCUAUCUUCACAAUCCAGAUGGAGGCUUGAUAGUUGUGAAGACAUACACUUUCAUCCUGGUUGCUACUUACAGAGCGGGCAUGUAUCCCAGCGUGUGUGUUGAAGCUGUGGAGAAACUAGAGAAAAUGUUGGCAGUGCAUUUUGAUUGUCCAGGAGGCCCAGAGAAUCUCUAUGUGAAAGAAGUGAUGAAACCACAUCCAGGAGAAGGAGAAGUGCUUGUGAAGGUCUCUGCCAGUGCUCUGAAUAGGGCUGAUUUACUCCAGAGGAGAGGGAAGUACCCUCCCCCAAAAGGAGCAAGUGAGAUUUUAGGCUUAGAAGCAGCUGGGAUUGUGGCUGGGUUUGGACCUGGUUGCGAGGGCCGGUGGAAGAUUGGUGAUGCGGUAAUGGCUCUGCUCUCCGGAGGUGGCCAGGCGGAGUAUGUUGCAGUACCCGAAGGCUACCUGAUGUCCAGUCCAAAUGAUAUGACUUUUAUUCAGGCUGCAGCCAUUCCCGAAGCCUGGCUAACAGCCUUUCAGUUGCUGCAUUUUGUAGGUAAAAUACAGGAGGGUGAGACAGUGUUGAUCCAUGCUGGCGCUAGUGGAGUUGGUAUAGCAGCCAUUCAGCUGGUAAGACUGGCCAAAGCUAUUCCCAUUGUAACAGCAGGAACUCAAGAGAAACUCAAAGCAACAGCAAACCUUGGAGCAGCUGCAGGGUUCAACUACAAGACAGAAGAUUUUAGUGAAAAGGUCUUGGCAUUCACCCAAGGUUCUGGAGUAGAUAUUAUUUUAGAUUGUGUUGGUGGCUCAUACUGGGAGAAGAAUCUCAGCUGUCUGAGUACUGGUGGCCGAUGGAUUAUAUAUGGACUACUGAGUGGAGGUGAAGUACAUGGAGAUUUGUUUGCAAGGUUGCUUUCCAAAAGAGGGAGCAUCCAUACAAGUCUACUAAGAUCGCGAGAAAAAGAGUAUAAGGAGCAGCUGGUGAAAGCCUUCACGGAGAGCGUGCUGCCGUACUUCUCUGGAGGGACCUGCCCUCAUCUCCAGCCGCUUGUGGACAGUGUUUACCCUCUGCACAAGAUCGCGGAGGCACACAGGUUCAUGGAAGAAAACAAGAAUAUUGGCAAAAUUGUCAUCAAAAUGCCUCUUUCAUCUUAAAGAAAGGCCUGAUGCUGUAGUUGUUCCAUAAACAGAUUUGCUACGGAUGUUUCAGAAAUAGGGCAGCUGCAAUUUCUGCUCCCAGGUUUGGAGUGAUUCCUUGCGGAGGGAGCAUAGAAACGAGGAAUAAGCCAUUAAGUCUGGCAGUAUUAAGUAUUGGCACAUCUAAUAAAGAUACACAAGGUGAA